AUGAGUUCAAACGAUUACUCCUCGGAUGAAGAGGAUUACGAUAAUUCUAAGACAUCAGAUGUUCUUUUAGGAUUUGUAGAUGUGGAGAUCAAUGCUGAAGCAGUAGAUGAAGAAGAUGGUGAUGCUCCUACCAUUGAAGACACCAUUAUUGGAGGCAAACCUGUUUGGCUCCAUCCAGAUUCACGUCCAACGGAUGAACAAUUAUCAUGUGGAAAUUGUGGCGCGAAGAUGGCCUUACUCUUGCAAGCGUUUUCUCCUAGAGAAGAUGCACUUUACGACAGAGUGAUUUAUGUAUUUGGCUGUAAGAGCACCAGAACAUGUUCCAAGAAGAAGGGUAGUGUAAAAGUUAUUCGUGGUGUUUCGAAAGAUCCCAAAAAAAUUGCGGAUCUUGAAGCAGAAGAAGCUGCCAAGUUGCAACGUGAUUUGGAUACUAAAUUACAAUUAGAAGGAAAGAGAAUCAAAGAACUUGAAAUGACAAAGGAUUUGUUUGGCAGUAGUACGAAGGUUGAAGAAACAAAUGACAAUCCAUUUGGAGGUAGUAAUCCUUUCAGUAGUGGUAAUCCAUUUGGAGGGAAUAAUAGUAAUCCAUUUGCUGCACCUGAAAAGAAAGAAGACACCAAGCCUAAGACCGAUAGUUAUGCAGAAGUUGCAAAAAAGAAUGUACCAGCAGUGGUAAAGAAGUCUGAUUCUCCAAAGGAAUCUAGUGGUGUAGACGAUCUUCCAUCAUAUCCAGGAUACUUCCUUUACGUUCAAAAUGAAAAAUUUAAGGUUUUUAACGACCCUGAACUUGAAAAAUAUAAAAACAUCACUGAAAUGGAUGUUGAUGGUGGAAGUGGUAACACUGGACGUAGUGGUGGCUCUGGAAAUGCAGGAGGUGCAGCACAACUUGAUCCUGGUGCCGCCAAAAUUUCCGACAUGCUUGACGAUAAAUUUUUCGAAGCAUUCACAAACAAGGUGAGACACAACCCUUCACAAGUUCUCAGAUAUGAACUUGGUGGAAAGCCAUUACUCUACAGUGGUCGUGAUUCAGUAGCUGCGAAGUUCCUUGGGAAGGAAGUGACCGUACCAGCCCCAGCAUACAACCCAUCAUCCUGCAGACAAUUCGAACUUCAAUUGAUGCCAAAGGCAAUUAUGGACCUUGAACUGGAAGCAAUUGGAUCAGGAAAUGUUACCGAGCUUCUUGCCGGAAUGGAAUGGGGGACCAUCAUCGCAUGUACAGAUGUAGAAGAUUAUGUACCUGAACUAGAUGCCAACCACGUAGGAUACGUUGAAGAGUGGUGUGGCGUUCAAUGGGAGGAACUGGUGUAA